UUAGCCCAAAUUCCAAAAAGUAACAACAAAAUUGAAGUAACCCACCAAUAUUUUGCAGCCCAAUUGGGCAAAACCCCUUAAACCUCAGGGCAUUUGCUGGAAAAAAAACCCAGAGGAGCAGACUUCUCACUUCAGAGAGCAAUUCGCCAAAAAAGCAGAAGCGGUAAAGCAGGAAGAUAUGAGUGCUUACAACGCUUUUAAAGCUUGUGCUCCAGUUGCAUGGAGCCCUAAUCUAUACAUAACCCUUGUAAGGGGUAUACCAGGCACUAGGAGGCUCCACAGGCGUACCCUUGAGGCAUUGCGUCUUGGCAAAUGCAACCGGACUGUAAUGCGAUGGAACACACCUACUGUUAGGGGAAUGAUUCAGCAGGUGAAAAGAUUGGUUGUCGUUGAGACAGAAGAGAUGUACAAUGCACGUAAGGAGAAAUUAGCUAAUCAGAAAGCUCUACGUCCUCCUUUGGUUGUAAAUCAUCACGCGGCCCCUGCAGGUGAUCCAGUUCAGUAACUGUUGAAACUCUUUUCUAGUCAGUUUUGUAAUGGUCCAACGAUGUAGUAGCCUAUUCGGACCUUUUGCUUUAAGCAUGUGCUAUGAAAUUGCAUUGAACUUUUGUAUUAAGGUGGUGGUUGUUAUUGUUUUGGCUAUCAACGAUGCCUCUGGAACAAUCUAGAGAGUUGAUUAGGUCCUUACUGGAAUAAGGAACUUGAAGAAAGCUGAUAUAAGCUCGUAAACUAAAAACUGGUUCUAGCCCGUUGAUACGAGGCUAUCAGGAAUGAUUCUGUGGUCAUGGUUAAAGAAGUGCAAUGAAGGAUUGCUUUAUGUUUAUGUCAUGUUAGGAACAACCUUUGAUUUUUCGGGUUUUCUCUGUGAACUUUGGCUCGAUUUUUACUGCUUUCUGUUUCCUUCCCUUAGCUUCUAUCUUCUUACUUGUCUUCUCUAUUCAACCUCGAGUCUGUACUGGUCUUUCUGUUAAAAAAAAUAUGUACUAAUAUCACAAUAAUCUUUGAAUAAAAGGAAGAAAUCAAUGUUA